AACAGAAGGGGGAGGGGGCGCGCGGGCGCCUCUUUUUCCCGCCUUUUCUCCUCCCUCCUCACAACGGCGUAACACGUCCUCCCGAAACUGCCGCCGGAGUGCGCACGCGCGGGCUCGGGUCUCGCUGGGUGCCGCUCGUUGCCCGGUUACGAAGGAAUGACCUCAUCGACCCUCCCCUCCUCCCUUUUUCGAACCAUGGCAACCGAACUGGGCGGCGAGGUAAACAGAAGGCGGCAAGCCCCGCCCCCGAACGGCCAAGCUCCGCCCGGCAAACUGGCGGCGGUGGCGGCUCCGUCUGGUCCCGCGCACGCAGGCGCGGGGGCGCGCGAGCUCCGCUUUGGACGGGUCGGGAGAGGAGGAGCUGGCUUGGCUGGCAUUGCCUUUGGAAGUAUUAAAAAAAAUUAAUUGCCUUGCAUUGGGACUAGACACAAUGGUCACUAGCUCAGUCCAGUGAAAGGACAUCACUAUGGGUGGUGGAGGCAAAGGCAAAGGAAAGGGGAAAGGAAAGGGAAAAGGGAAAGGGAAGAAAGGGAAGAAGGGCGCCGUCGAGGUGGACAUCAUGAGCCCGGCGGCCAUGCUGAACCUCUACUACAUUGCCCACAACGCCGCUGCCUGCUUGGAGUUCCGUGGCUUCCCGUGGCCAGGCUCUCCGAAAAAGAAAGGGAAGAAGCGGAAAUAGGGACGCCGCAGUGGGAGAAGGCCGCCCCAGCAUUCGCGGUGAGACCCGGAGCCCCGUCACAGGGGAAGGAGACUUUUGCGGGGGCCACGCGAACCCAGCAGAAUUCACUCAGGUUUCUUUCUUUGCCAUGAUCACUGUUGCAGGUGGACUGAAGCGGCUCUGGCUUCCAACGACCAGAAGGAAGUAAACGCUGCUUUGAGAUGCCUA